UUGGAUUGAGAAACCAGGAGAAAUAGUGGGACAGGGGCAAAAACAAAAAGGAGGAGAAAAGAUCCAAGGAAAAGUCCAAACGCGCGCAGCGAGACUGGCACCAUGAGGUCCAAAGGCAGGGCGCGGAAACUGGCCACGAGUAAGGGUGACGAUGAGGACUACCCACCCUACCCCUCUGACAUCGUGGAGGACAUGUGCGGCUCAGACGGUGAUCCAGUGCCCCCUUCUGUCCUGCCCGAGGACCCGGCUUCCCCUGCGCUCUCUGAUGAUGAGGUUUCACGGAGGAGUUCCCUGUCCUUCCAACGCAGCUUUGUGUCUCAAGAUGACAUGGACAUUCCUCCUGACUUCCAAGUGCGAGAGUCAGGUGUUUCCGGCGGCAGACUCGGCGUGUGGAGUGGCAGGAACCUUGGCCUUGGCGAGCGCUUCGGACCGUACGUGGGCGAGCACAGGCCGUGUCUCCGCGACCCACUGCAAGGCUGGGAGAUCCUGGAUGGGUCAGGCCACGUGAAGUUCUGUGUGGAUGCCAGCAAGCCAGAUAUUGGGAGCUGGCUGAAGCUCAUCCAGUUUGCCCCAGCGGCCAAACAACACAACCUGACAGCGUGCCAGAUCGAUGAUCAGAUCUUCUACCAAGUCACUCAAGAGAUUUACCCCGGCGAGGAGUUGCUGCUUUUGAUGAAGGCCGAGGAGUUUUCAUGUGACACCAUGGCACCCGACAUCCACGAGGAAAGGCAGUACCGCUGUGAGGACUGUGACCUGCACUUCGAAUCACGCAACCAGCUGCUGGAUCACCAGAAGCAGCCGUGCGGAAUGCCGCCUGCAAACUUCCUGAACUCAGGAGAGGAAAGUGACAUUAAGGCACAUGAACCUGAAGAUCUGCGACAGAUGCACCUGCCUCAUGACCUGCAGGAGUGUAAAGAGUGCGACCAAGUCUUUCCAGAUAUACAGAGUCUUGAGGCUCACACUCUGUCUCACUCAGAGGAACGAGAGUACAAGUGCGACCAGUGUCCCAAGGCAUUCAACUGGAAAUCAAACCUGAUACGCCAUCAGAUGUCGCACGACAGUGGCAAGCACUAUGAGUGUGAAAACUGCUCAAAGCAGGUGUUCACAGACCCCAGUAACCUGCAGAGGCACAUCCGCUCGCAGCACGUUGGCGCUCGGGCCCACGCUUGCUCCGACUGUGGCAAGACGUUUGCAACGUCUUCGGGCCUCAAGCAGCAUAAGCACAUCCACAGCAGUGUCAAGCCCUUCAUGUGUAAGUCACUAAGACCCUACCUAUGCGAGGUGUGCCACAAGUCCUACACUCAGUUCUCAAACCUGUGCCGACACAAGCGCAUGCACGCCGACUGCCGCACGCAGAUCAAGUGCAAGGACUGUGGGCAGAUGUUCAGCACCACUUCUUCUCUGAACAAGCAUCGGCGAUUCUGUGAGGGCAAGAACCAUUUUGCCGCAGGGGGGCUCUUUGCCCAGGGCCUGCCGCUCCCAGGUGCACCCGGCUUGGAUAAAUCGGGCUUGGCCAUGGGCCACGGCAGCGCAGGUUUGGCCGAUUACUUUGGUGCCAGCCGUCAUCACGGUGGGCUUACCUUCCCCGCUGCACCUGGAUUCCCUUUUAGCUUCCCGGGCCUUUUCCCCUCUGGGCUCUACCACCGUCCACCGCUCGUCCCUGCCACCACCUCACCGGUCAGACACACAGCGCAUGCUCCCGUUGCUGGGGGUGAUCUGAAUAAGAGUCCGCUUUUGUCCCCCAGCCCAGGAGCUCAGGAGUCACGAGAGCUCCUGAAGGCUCUGCGUAAGGAAGGGGGCUCACCCAGCGAGCCGACGAUGGGCUCCGAACUAUUCACCCAGCAUUCGCUGUCGUCUGCAAAACAGCCAAGCAAGAGUGACCAGUCGGAAAGUAGCGACUUGGACGAGGUUAGCACCCCUAGUGGGAGUGACCUGGACAGCACGUCGUGCUCUGAGAUGGAAAGUGACAUGGACAGUGAGAGGGAGAGGGGGGCUCGUGAAAACGGUCAAGAACACAAGAGGAAGCCGAGCGAUGGAACGCCUGAGAGCCUGACGAGCAGCAGCGCAGCUGAAAACUUCCCAGGGCCGUCCCUAUUACCUUCAUCACUGGACGAGCACACGGCUGUAACAGGAGCUGUCAAUGACUCCAUUAAGGCCAUCGCCUCCAUUGCUGAGAAGUACUUUGGCUCCACUGGCUUGGCUGGUCUGCAGGAGAAGAAAGUGGGCUCCAUGCCAUAUCCCGCCAUGUUCCCUCUGCCUUUCUUCCCAGCAUUCUCUCCCCCAGUGUACCCGUUCCCCGACAGAGAUCUCAGAGCCAAGGGUGGUCAAGAGUCUCCGGCGGGAGACAGCAAAGAGGAUAAAUCAUCUUUAGAGUCACCAUUUGACCUUACAACUAAAAGGAAGGAGAAAUCCAUUUCUCUAUCGACCACCAAACCACAGGCUUCCAACUCCAGUAGUCAGGACCAGCCGCUUGACCUGAGCCUGGGGACUCGUGGACGACUUGCACCUGCCAAAGAAGAGGACAACAAGAAGAGCACGGAUUGCAAAGAGGAAAAAGUAGGGGUUGACGUCCCAAAGGCUGACACCUCCUUACAGCACGCCAGGCCCGCGCCUUUCUUCAUGGACCCCAUCUACAGCAGGGUUGAGAAGAGGAGGAUGAGCGAUCCGUUUGAGAGUCUGAAGGACAAGUACAUGCGUCCAGGGCCCGGCUUCCUCUUCCAUCCACAGUUUCGUUUGCCAGAUCAGAGAACCUGGAUGUCUGCAAUUGAGAACAUGGCGGAAAAGCUCGAGACGUUUGGCUCACUAAAACCUGACUCAAGUGACUUGCUGCGCUCUGUGCCCUCCAUGUUUGACUUCAGAGCUCCGCCCACUGCACUCCCAGAGUCGCUGCUGCGCAAGGGCAAGGAACGUUACACGUGCAGAUAUUGUGGUAAAAUAUUCCCACGGUCCGCUAACCUGACGCGCCAUCUCAGGACUCACACAGGAGAGCAACCGUACAGGUGUAAAUACUGUGACCGCUCCUUCAGCAUUUCCUCCAACCUGCAGCGACACAUUCGCAACAUUCACAACAAGGAAAAGCCCUUUAAAUGCCACUUGUGUGACCGCUGCUUCGGUCAGCAGACCAACUUGGACCGUCACCUCAAGAAGCAUGAGAACGGAAACCUUUCAGGCACUGCCAUGUCGUCGCCUCAGUCGGAGCUGGACAGCGGCAGCGCCAUACUUGACGACAAAGAAGACUCUUAUUUCAAUGAGAUCCGGAAUUUCAUUGGCAACACGGGACAGAACCAGACAUCUCCGGACCCGUCUGAGGAAGGCUUGAAUGGAGGGCGAUUUGAGGACGAGAAGACGCCAGUGAACAGUCAUGUGUCACAUGAUCUGGAAGACGAAGCAGAGGACCUGGGUGCUGACGAAGCGAUGGAACAGACCAGAAACACUCCUGUCACGGCCGAUGGAGAGUUGCUGCCCGGCAACGUCACUGACGACGUCAUGCAGGACCAGAUGGAGCUCAGCUGUAAGCUCUCCCCGAGAAGGUUUCUCGAUGAAGAAGAGAGUGGCGGCUACACGGCCUUGGACCAUAUUCAGCACUUCUCAGAGAUGCGCAAGCUGGAGGAGAGUGAGCUGAGCGACGAGGAUGAAGAUUCAUUCAAGGCAGUCAAACAGCCUCUCUUUCGGAAGUCCAAGUCUCAGGCGUACGCCAUGAUGCUGUCUCUGGCUGAGAAGGAGUCGCUCCAUCCUGCGACUCGUACUCCGCCCACCAUUUGGCACAGUCUGGCGCGAGCUGCUGCCGAAUCCAGUGCCAUUCAGUCCCUUAGUCAAGUAUGAUGACGCUCCCUUGUGGAUCCCCUCCACCCCGAGCCCCCCAACCCCUGACCAAUGGCACUGGCAGCCUGAAGCGGGUGAUCUGUAGACUCAUCAUGAGCUUCUGAUUGUCCUGUGAGUGAACCACGGCCCAUCUGACUGCUGAGUGGUGCCUUCUACACCCCGGUCACUGCCCAUGAAAAGGAAAAACUUCAAGCGCAUAAACGUACCUCUGAGACUUUUUGGUCCAAGGAAGAGAACAAAAAAUCAUCUGACAUCAACCAGGAGAGAUCAGGAAGUAUUGCGGUGAAAAUAAUAAAGCUGAAGUAAUAAUAGCUGUAUUUAUUCUUUUCAAUUUUGCACAGCAAAGGCAGCUGGUGAUCAUCAAACUUGCGCUAGAACGUCGGCGGUGAACUUGAGUGAGUCUCUAAGACGACACCAUUUGAUAGACUGGGCAUACAAGUGUAGGACCCCCGUCUCAAAACGUUUUCAAUCUAAAGGACACUCACCAAACACACGGAGGUCGACCGGGCCUUCUUAUCAGUGUACUACCUGGGUUGAAAUGAAAACCAUGUUCAGACACUGCUACAGUGCGUUGAUAUCACUGGGGUGACGGCGAGGACGGAAGCAUCGCUCUUCUCCACGGCACUCCAUCCCGUCGCCGGCGCCUAGCUGUGAAAGGAUUCGCCUUUUUGUGUAGAACAUUUUUUACUGAGUAGCCAGUGCUGAAGUUGAUCGUUGGUCUGUCACGGAUAUGUGUAAAAAGAAAACAAAAGAAAAGUCCGUCCAAGUCCGUCAACACUACCACUACAUCUGAAUGCUAGUUGUUAGCUAACCCAUACUUGUGUGUCUUUCAUUUUUAGACAAUCAUCUGUUUGAUUUUUCUGUUGUUGUUGGGUUUUUUUCAGUUGGUGUUGUUGUUGUUGUUGUUAUUUGCUGUUGUAUGUUGAGAAUUGUAUUUAUUUCUUGGCAAACUGUAGUUUGUUUACUGAAUAGCACUGCUCUUAGCCCUGGUGGUGGGUGGGAUUCCUCACCCAAGGCAUGUCCCAGAGUCUCAUGGGUCUGUAGAUCACAUUUGAGUGGCGGAUAGUAUUGAAUAUACAGAUCACUCCUUACUCCUCUAACGGAACUGGUUGAUGAAUAGAUAGUUUGUUUGUUUUCGAUGAUUCAAUUGUAAAGACACAAAAUAUGAAAGAAUAAAAAACAUGUAUAAAAGCUGAAAGAGAAAAAAAGAGGCAUCAGUUCUUCAAACGCGCAUGAUUGGUCUGUUGGAUCUGUGUCAUCUUCUACGGUUGUCUGCAAGCUUGUGUGACAUUCGGUUCUUGCUAAUCCCUCGUGCCAAACUUACAAUGAAUGACAAAAGACUUUCAUUUAUUCUCCCUUUUUGAGGGAUCAGAUUUGUUGCUUUUCUUCGGUUCCUUUUUUUGUUGUCGUUUUGUUUUAUAUCGGUAAAUGAAGUCGUCAUUAAGUCGAGGUACUUUGUUUCGAUGCUUUCUACAAUGUAACUGUUAUGCAUUUCAAUACUGUGGGAGGAGCAUCUAAGAAAUAAAGGAAUACCAUCUGUAUAUUGAUUAUUUUUCCCAAAUCAUUUAACUCCUCUCUACGAUCUGUAUGGCAGAUUUCCAACGUUAUCCUGGAGUCAGCCAGCACCUGGCGCUUUCUUCUGUCACUCCCAUGGCCUCU